GGCUUUGGCGCAGGAGAUGGCCUUUACCAGCAACCGCUCUUUGCUGCGGCCAACCUUAGCCCUGGGAUUCAUGUCGUUACUCUCACCAAUAAUCGGAACUCGAGGCCGGGUACUAAUACCCCGCGAUUCUGGCAGAUUAUAUGGGAGGAAGAACUGGGGGGUCAAAAUGACACGUUGAAUAACCAGACUGACGAUGAUAAUGCUUCUGGAUUCGAAUAUGGGCCCGCUGCAACAGCGUGGAAUACCGUGCCCGAGAAUGUGGUCCAGUAUCACGGAGGCACUGGACAUACAACUGUCAGUUCAACAGCGUAUGUGACGUACACAUUUACUGGAGAUGCGGUCUCCAUCUUCGGUGCUCUCGGUCCAACGCAGGGUCCAUAUUCCGUGCAGCUUGACGGCAACGCUCCGGCCAAUUAUAGUGCAGUUGCUCCCAGUUUCUUUGCUCAGCAACUUCUCUAUCACGCCACUGGCUUGGGUGGCGGGCAACACUCUGUUCGCCUUACCAACAUGCCCGCGAAGACUGGCGAUUCGCUGAGCGUUGACUAUGCGAUUGCGAAUGCGGUUCAAGUGCCAAUCAUAAUCACCUCCAGUACAAGCUCAGCUUCGACUUCCUCGUCGGCUACUACAACGAGCACGAGCGAGACUGCUGCGGCGACAUCGGAUACUCCUCCGCCAUCAAGUAAAGGGCUUCCAACUGGCGGUAUUGUCGCAAUCGUCGUGGGCAGUCUCGCUCUCAUGGCGAUAAUUAGUUUUGCGCUCAUGAU